GGCCGCGGGUCGGGGCCUGCGCUGGGAGCUGUGAGAAAUAAACAAGGAAGAGUCCCGCUUCCCCAGCGAGGUACGUGCGGGGAUUGGCUCUCUGCUCUGAGUCCAAACAUAAACAGCUGCUUUUCUGUGUGCUUUAAGGAGAUGGCAGUUCAGUGUGCUGCUGAAGGCCACUAGUCUUGCUCCACUUAACUUUCCUACUGCAGAGUUCAUACCUAUUAAUCAAAUCUAAGGCUAAUUUCUGUGAACGUAUGCAUUUUAUCUGUAGUGAUUACAGUACUCCUGGCAUAGCCAAACUUGAGCUAUCUAAUGAGCUCAGGGGUGGAACAGGUAGGUGAGUAUUCAUAGUGUCAUCUGAAACGUGGGAUUGAGAAUUCAUUCCUCUUUUCUUUUGAGGUGCCAUUUUUUCGAGGUGGGGCUGGAAACUGCCAUCAGCUGUUUUCAUAGCAUCAUAGAAUCACUCAGGUUGGAAAAGACCUUAAAGAUCAUUGAGUGCAACCACAACCUAACCAUGCUAUACCCUAACUGUAACAACCCAUCACUAAACCAUGUCCCUGAGCACCACAUCAAAACGAUUUUUAAACACAUCCAGGGAUGGUGACUCAACCACCUCCCUGGGGAGCCUAUUCCAGUGCUUAACAACCCUUUCUUUAAAGAAGUGUUUCCUGAUGUCCAACCUAAACUUACCCUGGUGCAACUUAAGGCCGUUUCCCCUCGUCCUGUCAGCAGUGAGAAGAGACCAGCCCCCCUCUCUCUCUCUAAGCUCCUUUCAGAUAUUGGAAGAGAGCAAUAAGAUGUCCCCUCAGCCUCCUUUUCCCCGGACUAAACAGCCCCAGUUCCUUCAGGCUCUCCUUGCAGACUUGUGUGACAGUAGCAGCUGCAUUUUGCAGCUGUUAAUGUGAAAAUAUACAGAUUUCUGUUGAAUGUGGGAAAUGCAUUUCUUUCCUAACUUAAGUUCUGAAUUUGGCAAAUGAAAGAGGUUAUGAAAAACCAUCCGGGUAGUGGAAACAUCACACCUGCUUAGAAUGGCAGUCGUGUAGAACAGAGUAUUUGAUUCUUCUGAAAACCUGUUCCGGAAAACUGUACAAAAACAGUGACUGACUUUGUCUCUACAGCGUGGUGACAUGCAGGGCCUGGACUUUGCUGUGCAAAAUGUCUGACAAAGGUUGCCUUUAUAUUGUAAAUGAUUAGUGUUCACCUAAGUCAAUAAAAUAAUUAUUGAUGCUUUAAUUUGUUUUUAUCUUUCUGGGGGUGGGGAGAGGAAAACAUGCCUAAAAUGGUAGCAUUGUGUCCGAAAGGGGUUUCUUCUGAAGGAGAAAACAGGAGAAAAGCAGUCAGAAGUUGCACUGCUGAUGCUCUGUAUUUGAGAACUUGUGGAUGUAGUUAUUGCUUUUAUUAACUCCCUUCUGAGAGGCGACCACUGCAAAAAAGACAAAGGCACUGCUGCUGUUGAUUGCUGCCUCCUCCUUGCUAGGAUGUCCUCUUGUGGGGUAUUUGUAUUCAAACACUCAUUUUCGGAUUCACCCUGUGAGCUUGCUGAAAUGGUCUUCUAGGAGGAAUCCCUGAUGAACAAGAGGUUUUAAUGUUGCAUUGUAUUAACCAGUAUUAUGAUGUUACGCUUGAGUUGCCUGAAGUGUGUGUCUCCUGUUAAAAAUUCAUUCCUCAGCGUGUCUUACCUUACUAAAAUGUAGUUCAGGAUUAACUGCUCAGUACUAAAGUGAGCAGUUUAGAAUCCCCAGAACUGUUCUGGGUUAGAUAGUGGCAGUUUCUUUAGUGAAAAUUAUCUCAAUAUUUCAAUUUAAUUUGGCUUUAGUGUACUUACUGACUUGGUUGUAAUUAAACACAAUAUUGUUCCUUCAUAGAACCUUUCAAAUUAAUAACAUGGGGAUGUAAGAAAAGGAUCUCCUCUGUGUGGUCAAACUGGAAAGCUGAUCUUUUGUCUGGUUUUGAUGUAGUCUUGCUGCUUUUUUUUUUUGUUUUGUUUUUAAUUUAACAUUUAUUUACACAUUUGUGUUUUUAAGAUCCUCUUAUUCUUUUUACACAGAGCAGCGUCAAAAACUUGUCAGUAAAACAUCUACAUGCCAUGGAUGUGGUAUGUCCUGGAAAUAACUUCUCCACUCUAUUUUAAAAGUGCGAGGGUACAUCAGAACGCAGAUGCUGCAUGCAAGUAUUGCAAUGUUCUCAAAGCAAAGGAUGCAAAAUGAGGAUCAGCUGCUAUCGCUGCAGUACAAUCUUGCAAGUUUCCAUGUGUGACUUACAGCUUAUUCUCCUAUACGUGCCUAAAUUUAGUUUCUUUUCUAAUUGGUAAACUAAUGGUGAAUUUGGUAGCAGCACUUAGAGUAACUGUCUAUUGAGGGCGUAUCUUCAGAAAAUGUGGUUGUUGAAAUAGGCAAGAGAGAGGCUGGGCUUUGAGGCAGUGUCAUCUGUGACUUUACCGGAUACAUUUGUGUGAAUGACUUACCUGAGUAUAGAUAAAUUCCAAGUACAGGCAGAUAUAAAUUGAGUUAGUUGUUGUUAAAGCUGGAAUUUGUACUUUAGUAAGUCAAUGAAUAAGCUAGGGGGUUAAAUCAGCAUUAAAUUAGUUUGUGGAUCUAUACUCAGGUUCAUGUUUGUCAACUUUUUUUCCAACUGGGCCAAUUUUUCAUUUGUCAUAGGGAGUUAGAACGCCCCCCAUGUAAUUAUAACUUCCCUAAAACAAAUGUUUAUUGAAGAAAAGAGUACUUAGAAAAUCAUCUGUGCAUCUCCAACCUGGUGGAUCUGGCAUUCUGAGUCUUAAUCACUGUUAUCAGUUGUGCCCAUAAACAUUAAUUUAAAACUCCUGUUUCUCAUUUCCUGUAGUUACCUGUCACCUAGCAUGUAUUUCUCCCACAGUUCUGACCAUGUGUGGUUCUUUGGAUUUUUAUUUCCUGUGGAAGAGUGGCAGAGGUUGAAUGACCUGAAGACCUGAUGUCUUGUAGCUGAAGCUGGGGAUAGGUCACAGACUGUAUGUUCCUGAAAGAUCUUACUUCAUUAUCUUCUCUUUAAUGGUUUGGGGAAUUUUCUUGGCAUAUUUAACUUGAAUCAAGCACUGUAGGAGUCAUGCUUGAAAAAUGGAAGGAAAAAAAAAAAAGCUGAUAAAUUGCUAAUUUAAAAUUCAUAGCUUUUGGAUUAGGAUCAGAAAACUGUCUUUUCCAUCCCAAGUUUGAGCUUCAGCUUUUGAGUCCUUGAAUUGUUUUAUCUCGUGUUUUGAAUUUGCUUCUUAAAGUGGGGCCAGCAGUUGGUAUUUUGAAGUCCUUUUCCAUCACAGUUCAGUGUUUGGUCCAGCAGCGAGCAUGUUGUUCUUUGAGGCAGGAGCUGGGCUGCCGAAUCCUCUCUGGCAGAGGAUGAGUUGAAUGCCUGCUCAAUUUGCUUUGGCAUCUAUGUGAAUUACUGUAUUUUCAUGUUUGUCACUUUCUUCCAUCUCCAUUUAUUAAAACAAAAACCCAAAAAACUCUCAGGUUUCAGGAUUGUAGGAUGGGUUUAACCCUGAGAAUUAUAAGGGAUAAUUCCUGUGGUGCGCAGUUAGACGUUUAAGCUAUGUAGGGAGCAGCAUGGAGUUCAGUACUUCUUCCUGCAUUAAUGUUCCUGGCCUAAUAUGUUCAACAGUAUUCAAUAUUUGUUAAAUUAAGCUAUAAGCGUUUAUUUUUAAUUGUUUUUUUUUUUCAUUUGGGGAGCUGAAAUGCAUUACCACUAUAGUGGUCAGACCGGAGGGGACAUUUUAAUCCAACCAUUUCUUACCUGUAAAGGAUUGAUUUAUUUAUUGAAGUACUUGUAUUGUGCUUGAGAAGGUACUUUGUUAUAUGGAGAAAUGGGGAAGUCUGUAUCUGUGAUAGAGAAGGAAAGAAUCUGAAUUGGACCGCAUAGGAAAUGGUGUUGUGGGCAAAAUGCUGUGCCCAUCAGCUGCUGUUGGAUGGUGGUACAGAAUUCUUGGCUUGGGGCUUCUUGGUGGUUGGUUUUGUUUCGUUUUAACUGAGUCUGCCUCAGAAUGUAGAAAAAGCUUCUUCAGCAUAAGCGAUAGAAACAGUUCUGGGCUACAUGUGGCAAGUUAGCCACUCAUAAUUUAUAGCCCUGUACACGAUGAAGUACAACUAGCAUGUCUUUGGAUUACUAUUUAAGUUUUUAAAGCAGAAACUUCUCAGAUUUAAUGCAAACUUAAAAUUGUUGGCUUAGAGUAUCUCUAAAUCUUGUGACUGGAAUAUGUAGGGGAAGAAUUAAGAUCUGUAACUCCUCUGUUAUCUCCUGGUCACUGAACAUCACUAAAAGGUUAUCACCAGGAAAGAGAUCGUCAGGGCUUCUGUGAAAGCUUUACCUUGUUUGUGUGAACUUCAGCUGUUUGGGUCUUAGUGUUACUGUGCCUGCAGAGGAAGCCACUGGGGGGGAAGAGGGGGAGGUUGGGGGAGGGCAGAAAGAGAGAGAGGAGCGGUGUAAGGCUGCCUGUGUGGAUGGUGGGAAGAUUCUUCAAAUACUUCAUGCUGAUAAUGCGUGUCAGUUCCGCUGGUGUUAGGCUAGAUUUCUUCAUCCAGCGUUUGGUUAGGUUAGCAUUCUUUGCAGUGCUAAAAGCUAUUGGAUUAAUUUACACUUCCACAAAGGAUCAGAGACUGGUGUAUUCUGGCAGACUGCUUCCCGAUCACCUGCAGCUGAAAGAUGUUCUCAGAAAACAAGAUGAAUAUCAUAUGGUUCACCUGGUAUGUACUUCCCGGACACCCCCAAGCUCUCCAAAACCAAGCACCAGUAGAGGUGGUCACGGAGCUUCAACCUCCAGCAGUAGCUCAAGUUUGGACCAUUCUGGAUCAACUGCUGCCUCACCCACAAACCAAGAAGCUUCAUCUACAUCGUCGAACACUAGUGCAGAUGGAGUGAGACAUCGUAAUGUUCCACAAGCACAAAGCGAUCCCAUACCGAGCCACCAGUUUCCUUAUUUAAUGCAAGGCAAUAUAGGCAACCAAUUUCCAGGCCAGGCUAUUCCUGCUGGGUUUCCUGUGUAUCCUGCAUUCAGUCCCUUACAGAUGAUAUGGUGGCAACAAAUGUAUGCACGUCAGUACUACAUGCAAUACCAAGCUGCUGUUUCAGCCCAAGUGACAUCCAGCACUGAACCAGUGAGAUCUGCAGUCGCUCAGGCUGUAAAUUCACAACGUGCUCCUGCAAAUGAGCCCGCAGCAGUGCCAAAUGUAGCCAUCCAGGAGAACAGGCCUGUGAACCCAAAUGUUCAGAUGAAUGCCCAGGGAGGCCCUGUGGUGAAUGAAGAGGACUUCAACCGGGAUUGGCUGGACUGGAUGUACACAUUCUCUAGAGCAGCUAUUCUUCUGAGCAUUGUAUAUUUCUAUUCUUCCUUCAGUCGGUUUGUCAUGGUAAUGGGAGCCAUGCUACUGGUUUACUUACACCAGGCUGGAUGGUUCCCCUUUAGGCAAGAGGGUGGCCAGCAACAAGCAGCCAAUAAUGUGGAAGGGCACCGUGAUGGGCAAAAUGCAAAUAAUCCUGAUCUUGAAGAGAUGGAACGACUUAUGGAUGACGGGAUUGAUGAAGACAGUGGAGAAGAUGCGGGUGAAGAUGCCAAUAUAGAGCAGCAGCCUGGAUUCAUGGCUUCUGCUUGGUCCUUUAUCACAACCUUCUUCACAUCGCUCAUCCCUGAAGGGCCUCCACAGGUUGGCAAUUAAAAUGAAAGAGGAACUGCAUCAGACAGUCUCAGUAGCCAUAGGUAGAAGUGGAGCAGAUUCUAGAGAGUGUUUUAAACGCAGUGCAAUUUCAUAAAAUUUAUAAUGUUAUCUUUUUGAUCAUGGUGUACAAAAAUGUGUAUUUUUUUUUCUUUUGGCUUUCUCAUGCAUUAUGUAUUUUAAGCACAAGUGGACUACUAAAUGCUUUCCUUAAGAUUCUUCUUUUUCUGAAGAAUGAAAUGUAAAGAUACUGGUCUUCCAUGUUUUAUUUUAAUUUCGGAUGUGUAUUACACUGAGGCAAAAAGCUUGUACUUAAUCUGCACCACUGCCUCUUUAAAGAGCUGUUAAAAAUCAUGAGUGUUGACAGACCUUCCUAAAUGCUGUCUGAAUAACUUCAGUGUAUCUUGAGUUAGUUCCAUGCAGGUAUGAUUUGAGAUUUGGAGUUUACAUCAUUCCCAAAAGAAUGCUGUAAACACGAGGUUUACUUGCUAAUGGCAUAUUGUCUUCAUGCUGCAAAAUACCGAGCCUCUUUUAGUAUCUUUAUAAAGCUGAAAGGUUUUUAUUGAGGCUGCAGUGAAGUUCAUUAAAUAUAGAGAUGGCUAACAGCUCUUCAGAGAGAAUCAGAAGUGAUGGGAUAAACCCUAAAUGUUUGAUACAUACAGUACUUUUUAAAAAAACAUAGCUGUACUGGGGGGAAAACAUGUAAAUUAGUUUUUUUAAUAAAAACUAUUAUGGCAACUCUUUUGGAUGUUUAUAUGCAUAUUUGAAUGCAGACAACGGUGCAUUGUUAAGGAAGAGGAUAUGAUUGAGAGUGGAAUAAAGUUAAUCACGGUGGCAUUACUGA